AUGUCCUUUGCCAGGCGAUCGGUCGCUUCUGCGCGGCUGCUGCUGCGGAACCAGCCUCCCCGACGAUUCGGCUCUCACGCCGCCGGCCACGGCCAUGCGGAGCCUGUGAACGAGAGCUUCGGCCGCAGUUUCUACGUCACCAUUGGCUCCUUCGCCUCCUGCUAUGUCCUCUACCGUCUGAGCCAGGCCAACGAGAACUCUGGAUCUCAGUCGUGGAUCUCCAGCCUCAUCGACAAGUACACGCCCUCGGAGAAGGUGUUUGAGGAGCGCAAUGCCAUCCACACCGUCGCCAUGGAGAAGGCCGCCCACGACCGUCACCUGUUCCAGAGUCAAGGUCCCCGUGCUGCGUUCGAGCUGAAGCAGCCUGAGGUCAGCUUCCACGCCGUUGCGCCGUACAACGUCCCUGCCGGCUACGACGUGGAUCUGAGCCAUGUGGCCGCACACUACGAACAGGAGAACAAGGCCAAGGACGAGUCUCGCAUCGCCCGCAUGAAGGACGGCAAGUCUCUCUACGACUAG